GUUGUGAAUGCUUUCUGCAGUCAGACAUCACCUGAGAUGAAGGGGAAGGUGCUCACACGUUUAAAGCACAUUGUAGAACUGCAGAAAAUCCUGGAAAAGUAUAUUGUAGUCACUCCAGACUAUGUUCCUCCUCUUGCAAACUUUGACUUGGAAACUUUACAUAUAACACCUCAUACCAGUACUGCUAUUUCAACAAAAAUCAGAAAAAAAGGAAAGAUGGGAGGAAGGAAAAGAAAAGCAGAUGGCAGCAAAACAUCCUCCCCGGACACACUUUCAAAGGAGGAUUAUUCAGAACGUCAUGACCCUACACUGUGUGAUAGAAGCCAACUGGACAAGGAGUUCACAGGGAAGGAAGAAAAGACAUCAGUGUCACUACAGAAUUACCGUGCUUUCUUCCGAGAGCUGGACAUGGAGGUCUUCUCUAUUCUGCAUUGUGGGCUUGUGACCAAGUUCAUCUUAGAUACUGAAAUGCACACUGAAGCUACAGAAGUUGUACAGCUUGGGCCCCCUGAGCUGCUUUUCUUGCUGGAAGACCUCUCCCAGAAGGUAGAGAAUAUUCAGAAUAAAGGAAGUCGGAAUAUUGGAUUCUCACAUCUGCAUCAGAGAUCUGCCCAAGAAAUUGCUCAUUGUGUUGUUCAACUGUUGACCCCAAUGUGUAACCAUCUGGAGAACAUUCACAACUAUUUUCAGUGUUUAGCUGCUGAGAAUCAUGGUGUAGUUGAUAGACCAGCAGUCAAAGUUCAAGAGUACCACAUAAUAUCUUCUUGCUGUCAGAGGCUACUGCAGAUCUUUCAUGGGCUUUUUGCUUGGAAUGGAUUUUUUCAACCUGAAAAUUGUAAUUUACUGUACUCAGCCCUUGAGGUCCUCAGUAACCGACUGAAGGAGGGACAACGUAACCAGUCCUUGAAUGAACUGCUCAGCCAGAGCUUCCAUUACUUGCAGAAUUUCCAUCACAGCAUUCCCAGUUUCCAGUGUGCUCUUUAUCUCAUCAGACUUUUGAUUGUCAUCUGGGAGAAAUCUACAGCUCCAACUCAAAACAGAGAAAAAAUUGCUUCCUUGGCCAGACGGUUCCUCUGUCGGGUGUGGCCAAGAGGGGAGAAAGAGAAGAGCAACAUCUUUAAUGACCAGCUUCAUGCUUUGCUCUGCUGGCAUGAGAUUCAUGAAGAGAAGCUCCUCUACUGGAACAUGGCUGUUCGAGACUUCAGUAUUCUCAUCAACCUGAUAAAGGUCUUUGAUAGUCAUCCUGUUCUGCAUGCCUGUUUAAAGUAUGGACGUCUCUUUGUGGAAGCAUUUCUGAAGCAGUGUAUGCCACUUCUAGACUUCAGUUUUAGAAAACACCGGGAAGAUGUUCUGAGUUUACUGGAAACCUUCCAGUUGGACACGAGGCUCCUUCAUCACCUGUGUGGGCAUUCCAAGAUUCACCAGGACAUGAGACUCACCAAACACGUGCCUUUGCUCAAAAAGACCCUGGAACUGUUAGUUUGCAGAGUCAAAGCCAUGCUUAUCCUCAACAAUUGUAGAGAGGCUUUCUGGCUGGGCAAUCUCAAAAAUCGGGACUUGCAGGGUGAAGAGAUUAUGUCCCAGCAUUCCCAGGAGAGUACAGCAGAUGAGAGUGAGGAUGACAUGUCAUCCCAGGUCUCCAGGAGCAGAGCAACAGAGAAUGAUGAAGAAGAUGAAGCAAGUGCUGGAGAAAAGGAGCAAGAUAGUGAUGAGAGUGAUGGUGACUCCGAUUAGACCCCACAGAGACUGUUGCCCCCUUCCCAGAUCUCUGCCAGCCUCUUAACCAUUUUGUAUUCUGCUGUCUGCCUUUCUAACUGGAAGCAUCCUAUUUUGUCCUAAAAAGAGAGGGCUUUAUUUAAUUAACUUAAUUGUGGUAGAUUGUCUAAAUUGUUAAAGUCCCUGGCUCAAGAUUCCAGUGUAGCAUUAUUUAUUGGUUUGGAUAAACAUGGCAGUGCUAUGCUGCAGAGUAAAAAAUUUGAGUCGCGGGCCGGCCCGGUGGCGCACUGGAGAGUGUGCCGCUUGGAGUGCGGCAGCGCUCCCGCUGAGGGUUCGGA